CAGUUACUAAAGCGGUCUCCAUACUACCGCACGUCUGUGGAACAGACUUCAUUUUCGAAAAAAAAAAACACUGACAGCUGUCAAAAUUCACAGUGGAUUUUGUGUUUAGUGCGUGUUGUGAAAUUAAAAUUUAACGACUUUGUGAGCGCGUGUUAUUGAUUUAGAAUUUUUUGCUGUUAAUCCAACUUUAAAGGCCCGCAGUCAUCGUCCCGCCGCCGCCGCGUGCGCACCUCGCAGUCCGUGUGUGUGUGUGAUGUACUAGUGUUGUAGUGUGUGACAACAUGCAGGGCCGGGAUAAGUUGUGUGCCAAGCUCACGAGCGCGUUCCUUAGGAAGUGGUGGUUCGUGCUCGCGUCAGCAAUAGUGCUAUUGCUGGCCGGCAUCAUAUGCGCCAUAUUCUUCGGCACCUGGGUCCGGCUGUUCAUAGACCAUGAGUUGGUCCUCCGGCCGGGCUCCAUGACGUUCGAGUGGUGGGCGCGGCCCCCCGUCCGGCCCUUCGUCAAAGUCUACGUCUACAACGUCACCAACGCCGACGAGUUCCUCAAUAACGGGAGCAAGCCCGUGCUAGACGAAUUGGGACCUUAUAUAUACUCACAAGAAUGGGAGAAAGUGAAUAUCACCGACAACGAGAAUGGAACCCUGUCGUUCCACUACAAGAGGACAUACACGUACCGACCAGACCUCAGCGGGCGGUCGGACGACGAUGCUGUAGUCGUGCCUAAUAUACCUAUGCUGAGCGCCACAUCGCAAUCCAAGCACGCCGCGCGCUUCCUCCGGCUUGCCAUGGCGUCCAUUAUGGACAUCCUGAAGAUCAAGCCGUUCGUGGAGGUGUCGGUGGGGCAGCUACUGUGGGGCUACGAGGAUCCGCUCCUGAAGCUGGCCAAGGACGUCGUGCCGAAGGAACAGAAGUUGCCUUAUGAGGAGUUUGGCUUGUUCUAUGGGAAAAACGGCACGUCCUCAGACAUCGUCACCAUGUUCACUGGCUACGAGGACAUGAGCACCUACGGCAUCUUCGAGCGGUACAACGCUCGUGACAAGCUGCCUCACUGGACAACAGACCAGUGCAACAGCAUAGCUGGCUCUGAUGGGUCCAUCUUCCCCCCUCAUAUCACGAGGAAUGACACGUUGAAGGUCUAUGAUAAAGAUCUUUGCCGGCUGCUGCCUCUACAAUACCUCCGUGACGUGGAGUCCCCGGCGGGCGUGCAAGGCUACCGCUUCACCCCGCCGCUCGACGUGUUCGCCGCCGACGACCACAACCGCUGUUUCUGUCCCGCGGGGCCGCCGUGCGCGCCCUCUGGCUUGUUCAACGUGUCUUUGUGCCAAUAUGAUUCCCCGAUCAUGUUGUCGUUCCCCCACUUCUACCUGGCGGAAGAGAGCCUCCGCGACGCCGUGGAAGGCAUCUCGCCUCCGGAGCCGGAGAAGCACAGACUCUACAUCGACGUGCAGCCUGAGAUGGGCAUCGCGAUGAGCGCCCGCGCCCGCAUCCAGAUCAACCUGGCCGUGUCGCAGGUCGUCGAUAUCAAGCAGGUCGCCAACUUCCCCGACAUCGUGUUCCCCAUCCUGUGGUUCGAGGAGGGUAUCGACGAGCUGCCCGAGCAGGUGUCGUCGCUGCUGCGGCUGGCGACGCGGGCGCCGCCGGUGGCGCGCGCGGCGCUGGGCUGGGGGCUGUCCGCGCUCGGCGUGCUGCUGCUGCUGCUCGCCGUCACCUGCCUCAUACGAUCAUCUCACCGCCAAAGCACGCUACGGCUCGAAGGUCACGCCGUGGCCAAACCCCCGCCCGCCAAAGUGCCCAGCAAAGACAACGGCUACGAACUCAACAACCGAAGAUAACUCCUGCGCCGCUAGAUAAUCACUCGAGACGGCUAGAUGGCGCUACUGCGCGGCGGUAGUGUCGGGUAUACUGUAAGAGAUGGCGCCACUGUCUAUGAAAACUAUUCCAAAACAUGCACUACGAACAUUGAAGAUUGAAGUUCGUCUUUGUCCCUGUCGCUAAUCAGGUGAUUGUGGUACUUUCGAACUUGGAACUUCAGAUUUCGCGGUAUUGCUUCUAAAACUUAAUGAAAAUAGCUAAGUUAGGAAUGAAUCUUCAAGAUUUUUGUUUGAAACCUUGACAUUGCUCAGUGCCGCCUCCUAUUUCGAAAUAUAUUUUCCUAAUAAGAAAUGAACUGAAUCUCAUACGUAUCUUUAAGAGAUAGUGGUCGUCUCGAGUGUAAAAUAGAUUUAUUAAAUCCCAAAACAAAUUAAACAUCAGAAACAGUCUGGAUAAAUUAUUUAAAACGUUAACAAGGAUAUUUAAGCGCAGGAACGAUUGGAAGGAAUUAUUUAACAAACAAAUCACUGCAACUUAAGAGUUAUACUAAUUAAUCAGUAGAUGGCGUUGCCAAACUUAAAAAUAGUUUGUUUCAUUUGUUCCGAUGAUACAUUUAAAAUUAAAUAUAAAUUGACGUAAAAGCUUAUUUUUAUCAACUGGCAUAAAUAGAGAUUGUCUUUUUUACAAAUAGCAAAGACAUUUUUAUGAAUAUUAUUAAAAGAAUUGUAUCGAUGUAACUUAAUUUAGUGCUGAAAAAAUAACUUUUCGAGUUGUUUUUGUAUUAUUUUUAAUGAGCUACUCGAAGACUUAUUUUUUGAUAAAAUAUAAAUGUUCUUCGACCGUUUUGUAUUUAGGUCGGCUUCUACUUAACCAACGAUUGUGAUACAAACAUUCCAAUUGUGUCAAAUAUUGAACAAAAUGUUAUUUUGUGAGGAUUUAAAUUAAAUUAAAUUUUGUAUUUUCUAUACUUAAACUAUAUUGUACUUGUAAAUAUGUCCUAUGUAUAUGUGCUAAUAAUGGGUCAAUUGUAAUAAUAUUUAACAGUUAUUUUGACCCCAAUUUAUAGGCAAGAAACACUACAUGGCGCCAUUUUUUUAAAUUAAAAAAUCACUAAUAAAAACCGCUUCUAUUUUGUAAAGUUCCCCGUUAUAUUUUUUCAAUUUGACUUCAAGUACUAUGCAAAAUUGCGCCAUCUAGUGUUUUUUUGCCGAUUUAACUCAUGUUCUUGUUAAUUUGGGCUUGGGUUGCCAUGUAAUUUGUUUUAUCGGUCUUAAGGCAAAUGUGAUUGACAUACUAUUAUUAUAAAGCCCGGUUACGAAUUCACGUCAUCUCGUCAUUUUACGUUUACCGACUUUACGACUUUUGAAAUAAAGGCUUAUUUCAAAAAUACAUAACCUCAAAACCACAAACCUUCCCACAAACUUCCUAACCUAAAAAUGAGGUGUUUUAUUAACUGGAAAAAUAUUUAUAAGAAUGCUUUAAGCGUUAUUUUAAGAUCAAAAAAUUGGUGGGUAUUUUCCCUAAGAUUUGUCUCUAAUUUGAAUCGUAAGGUGUCUUGAAUUUGUAGCCGGCCUGUACUUACCAAUAGCUAGUCUUUAAUCUCGUGGGUCCGUCCAUAGUUUUAUAUUUUUUUAUGUAUUAACUUUAAAAUAUUUUCUUACCAUUUUAUUUCGUAGUUCUUUUUAACUAUCUUGGAAAGGUUAGUACGUAGUAAGUCAUUUAAUGUAAUUCUAGUUUAGGUUCGGUGCGUUACCUCCGGGAUGAAAUGUAUUGUAUUUGCGCAUUUGUGUAAAAUGACAUGGUUUAAGAAGGAUUAAGAACCAAAUAUCCAUAUUAUAAUUUUAAUGAAAGCGCCACCUAUCGGCUAAUUGUGAAACGUUUAUGUCAACAUUUUUAACUAACAACUGUUCUCAAUAUAACAUGUCACCUCACAGUACGGAAGGUGGAGGUAAGGAAAUAAAUCUCCAUGUACCAAAAAGUGUCAGCAAAAAACCUUAAAUAGGUGGCGCUACAAUACCUAGAAUACUUGAACAAAAAAAUCAAAUCAUAGACAGCGCACUUCACUCCGUCAAUAGAGCCUAGGUUCUUAGCUACUCUAGCGCUACUCUGGAGAGAUUUGGAACUAUUAUUUAUAGCUGAAGGCUAGACACUUUUGCAACAGUUCUACCAUAAGAGAUGUCACUCUUCUUAAUUCCACACUCCAUACCUCACAGGUAACUGUACCAAUUUCAAAACAAAAUCAGUAAUACUCACGCAUCUACACUAUAUUGCUUAGGGCUCUACAAAAAACGUCAUGUAGGUGACAAGGCGCCUAUUUAAUGUAGGUUCUCUAUUCUAUAUGUUCAAACUUUGGGUAUUUGUAUUUCUGUCGCUACCCUGUAACAAUUACUUUUUUCAAGCAAUAGAAGCAAAAAAUAUUGAGAACAGUAUGUUAGACGAUGUAAAUUUGUGAAAUUAAUAAUUAUUUCAGUUUGAUAAUUUCAUAGACCAUCACGUCUCGAAUCAAGACAAUACUUUGACUUUAAAAGUUAGGGUGGUAUUUGACGCAUCACAUUCCAUGUAAGGUAAAUUAGACUGACAUUGGUAAAUAUGACUUUAAUAUGGCAUUUCAAUGUUGAAUCUUACAAUUUACUUCAUAUUUUUGUAAACAUGUUUCAAAUUCUUAAUGUAUAUUGUUUUUUGGAUUCCAAUUAUGACAUGUUAUAAAAUGUUUGUUAUUAUAUAUCACUUGUUGACUGGCAUGUGUUAUCCGCAUGACAAUAGUUAUAUUAGCCAAAUAUGUCCUAGCACUUGUGAAGAGACUUUAAAAAACGACCUUUUGUAUGACAAAAUACUUGUUGAAGUGUACAAAAAUAUUUACAAUUUAGUGCCUAUGACCAGGAUACUUUUUUUAUAAUUAAAUACAAAGCUAUUUAAAAAAAUAGGCGCUUAUUUUAUAUGCAAUAAUAAAUACGUAAUUCUAAUUAUAGUAAUUAUACACGAUUCAACAAUCACAUUGUGUAGACCUUUUUUAAAAACACAUGUCAUCUGACAAAAUGUUAAUUUUAAAUCUAAGCUCAUUAGGUCAAAGUAUUUCUUCCGUUCGAUGAAAUUUAAAUCAUAUUGAAUUGGAACAGAGUCGCUUUAUUUAUUAUUAUUUCAUUCAAUUUUCAAACAACACAAAUUCAACUCUAUUUCUUACACAAUAGGUUCAAAUUUCAGUAGGAAAUUUUGGAUUUUUCAUUUGCAUGGCUGGGCCUUAGGAGAAUAGAAUGGUCGUCACAGUGCUAGGUCUAUGGGUGCUACGCUCAAACUACAGACAUAUCACAACGUAUGCUAGUGCUCAGUGCUCAAGUCUGUUAGACGGAACGAGUAUGUAAAUAAAGGUGUAUGUUAUAUGACAA